CGAUACUGCUUUCGAGGAAGCUCGGUGGCCAAGAAGAGGAAGAAGAAGAGGAAAUACACAUUGAUGUUAAAUAAUGCGUUUACUUGUUCGUAAUGCUGCGAGUUUUUCUCUAGCGUAUUUCUGUUCUCUAAAAAGAAAGUGUUUAAAUCCAGUCGUUUCAUCUCAUGCAAUAAGAAUGAUGCAUUACUUAAUGGAGAUGAGAGGACGACCGAACUCGCCUGAAUACAGGAUUUACCUCAAAACUUCAGAUGGAAAGUACAUAUCUCCUUUCCAUGACAUUCCUCUGUAUGUUGCUGAUGAACAGGAAUAUGAUGUUCCACCAAAGAAACUUAAAACAAAUGAGAUUCUCUUUAAUAUGGUUGUAGAAGUACCUCGCUGGACAAAUGCCAAGAUGGAGAUGGCAACAAUGGAACCAUUGAACCCAAUAAAACAAGAUGUGAAGAAUGGCAAGCUGCGAUAUGUAGCUAACAUUUUCCCACACAAAGGUUACAUUUGGAACUAUGGUGCACUUCCACAGACAUGGGAAGAUCCCAAUCACACUGAUAAGGACACUAAGUGCUGUGGAGACAAUGACCCCAUAGACGUGUGUGACAUCGGCUCCAAUGUGUGUGAAGCCGGGCAGGUAAUUCAAGUUAAGGUUCUUGGAAUUCUGGCUUUGAUAGAUGAAGGAGAGACUGACUGGAAGGUAAUAGCCAUUAAUAUAGAGGACCCUGACGCAUUAAACCUAAACGAUAUUGAGGAUGUCAGAAAGGUUAAACCUGGUUAUCUUGAGGCUACUGUGGAUUGGUUUAAAAAAUACAAAGUGCCAGAUGGAAAGCCUGAGAACAAUUUUGGAUUAAAUGGACAGUUCAAGAAUAAGGACUUUGCCAUAGAAGUCAUAAAAUCAACACACAGCUACUGGAAAGCAUUAGUGACCAAAGCAAAGACAAAAAAUGUUGAAAUUGUUUGUCAGAACACGUCUUUGUGUGAUAGUCCAUUUAAAUGCAGUGAUGCAGAGGCAAGUGCAGUGGUCCAAGCUGCUGCAGAAUAUGGGGGACCCCUUCCAGUGUCUUUUGAGGUGAACAAAUGGCACUUUUUGUCAAAGUAAAGUUUUAUUUGACAGAUCAGUUAGCAGUGUAAUCUUAUAAGUGGACUCAACUGUCAUUCCCCAUAUAGGAAAUAGUGAAUGAGUGAACGAGGGAACGGUUUCAGACACAGCUAAGGAGAAGCAAGAAUGCACAUGGUAUUAUACAUAACGUUAUUAUACAUAAUCAUAAUGUCAUAAUGAGAAUAAAAUGUUAACUUAAUAAAUGCUUAUAGUAGUAAAGUUAUAAAAAAGCAUAGGUUUUACUGUUUACAAAAGUUCAAUGAACUAAUGGAGUACCAUAAAGAUGCUGAAAGAGAUGUUAUCAAUAAACAAGAAAUUAUCUCAAUUGAUUUGUUAAAAAAAUUAUGCAUUAAACUCGUUUGGAUGUCG